AUGAAAAUUUGUGAUAAAAAACAAGCAUUUAAGAUACUAGGAGAAAAAGUACUACCUGAAACAAUAAAAUUAAAAUCAUGGUGCCCGUCAAUGGACUUACUGGCAUUUGUAACAACAUCUAAUGAAAUUUGGGUAUAUAGAUUAAGUGGAAGCCGUGUUUGGAAAACUUUAAACAAAAAUCAUGAGGCAACUAGUAUUACUUGGAGACCUGAUGGAAAAGUUUUGGUAGUAGGUUUAAGUAAUGGAGCCAUGAGGCUUUACAAUGUUAAUGAUGGCUUACUUUUACAUACAAUUGAACCACAAGCUCCUGAAUUUGACAGAGUUAGUUUAGUUAGUUGGGUUACAGAAAAACGAAAGCUAUCAUUUUCUGAAGAACAAUUUUCUUUACAAGAAUUCGAUCCUAUAAGGUUCUUACCACGUUUGGCAUCUAUACCAAGUGCGAAAUCUAGAAAUUUUUCAAAUUCAUCUUUAACCAAUUUUGUUUCAGCUAAUAAUGAGGAUAAACAAAUUAAUGAAAUGGAUCUUCUUAUUUCAGGAGACGUGCGAGGAAAUCUUCAUAUAAGUAUUUGUGGAUUGUUUCAUCUUGCUCUUUUACCUCUAGUUUCUACAGAUAAAAUUACCAAUACUCAAAGACAACUGUUAUGUCAUUUUUCUUCAUCUGAUUUGCGUAUCCAAUCGACUAUAUCAAAAAAUGAACAAACUCAAGAAAUUUUUAUUCAUUUAUUGGACAUGAAAGCGUUUAGAGCCCUUGGAGCUUCUGUUACUGAGAUUGCAAAAUGCUCAACAAAUUUUCAUUUUCUUCUUACAUAUAUUAAAGAGGGAAUUGUAACUAUAACAGAAGAAUGGCAAAACAUGAACGAUAUUGAACAGGAAUAUUUAAAAGCAUUUCAUGAUUGCCUUCAUGAGCAUAAUGUUGCUAAUGUAGCAACUCCUCGAUUAGAAUUGUUUUCUUUAGUAAUGACAGGAAUUCCAAGUGCUCCAUUAAGGGAUUGGAUGACCAAAAGGUUAACUGAAAGAGGCCUUAAAAAAUGGGAAAAAACUUCUUUAACAAGCUAUGAAAAUCUUCGCAAAUUAACACAUCAAUAUAUACUUCCUGCAUGUGAUAGAGUUGCUUUAUUACUAAGCAAACUAAAUGGUCUUGCAAAAUGGCCUAAGACAGCAAAACCGAUGUUCAUAGACUCUACAAAAAUACAGGAAUGUUUAUAUAUCUUACAUAUAUUUAUAGAAAAUUUAUACAAUUUCAUCGAAAAAAUAAAUGAAGAAGUACAACUUUUUAAAUCAUUUACAAUAUGGAUGAAAUUUAUCUUUGAAGAAAUCUCUCCAACCGAACUUGUUACGGAUACAACACUUCAUCCUGCAAAUGCAUUAGAAGUUGCAAAAUUUAUAGAAACUGUAUUUCCAGCAUCGUCUAUUUCAGAAUUCAUUACUAGCGAUGAAAAACUUAUUUUGCCUAAUAACAUCGAUUCAUAUAACUAUAAUUUUGAAAAAAGACCUAGAUUUAGUUUUAAAGUUAUUUUAGAAAAUUUAAUAUCAUAUGGAACAUUAAUCUUUAAUAAACCAGCAGCAGAGCUUAGUAACCAGUGGACUCAACUAAUGCAUCAAUUAUUAAGCAAGAAUUUAUCUAGUGCAUUACUUGAUAUGAGAUUAAUAGAUUACGAUAAUUAUUAUUCCGUAUACAUAGCAGGAUAUCCAAAAAAACAAGGAAAUGACAUAUUUUCACCACAUAUUUUUCAAAUUAUAAGAUUUAACCUGAAUGACGAUGGCACUAAAAUAUCAAUGAAUAGCGAAUAUGUAUCUAUCGAUCUUACAAUUAACUCAAAAGAAUUUUGGAUAAUACAAGACUUAGCUUUUGUAGACGAUGAAAGUAUUAUUUUACUUUUAUAUAAAAAUGACAAUGAAGAAUAUAUUCUUACGAAUUUUAACUAUAUCAAACUCGAUUACAAAGUACAUAUAUUAAAUACAUCUAAAGAAUUAUUUGAUUUUACAUUAAAAAAAGAUUCUAUCAAAAUCAAUUUUUCACGCUGUAGGAGAUUUACUAGUGAUUUUGUACCUCAAAGCAUAACUAUAAAUGGUCUCCCUGGAAGGAGAAUUGGAUGCAUUUUAGCAAACGAUCUACAAAGAUACCAAAUUUUUGAUAUUGAUGUUGAUGAUAAUGAUGAAGAUAGCCAAGAAAGCAUACUAGAUGAUAAUUAACUUAGUUUAGAAUUUUAAAUAAUAUAUAGAAGAAUU